AUGGAUUUCAAGUUCGCACUACUCAUAACUGUCGUUUCAGCACCACUAUCUGUCUUCUUGUACAGACAGAUCCGUGCGUCGCUCGAGGACAUCCAACACACGCCAGAAGAACGUACCUUUACUCCUGCGAGAACUGGACCGGCGGUGCCAGGAGGACAAACAUUUCCUAAAGCAGUGUACCCCAUCGAUGCCUUCCCGGGAAGCAGACAGUUCAAGACUGUAUAUGGAACAAUCCAUGUGUUCGAAUGGGGCCCUGAGGAUGGGGAAAAGGUGUUGCUGUUGCACUGCCUGGGUACACCCUGUAUCGCAUUGGGUGAUAUGGCUAAAGAAUUGGUACGCAAAGGCUACAGGGUCAUGAUAUUUGAUCUGUUUGGGCGGGGCUACUCCGAUGCGCCGAAUGACCUCGUCUUUGAUGCAAGACUCUACACCACCCAAAUUUUGCUGGUACUCGCUUCCUCCCCGCUAUCCUGGACUGGCACUUCUGCCUUCCACAUCAUUGGCUUUUCCCUCGGUGGCUCGAUCGCCGUGGCUUUCGCCGCCUACCAUGCCACUAUGCUCCGCUCCGUAACUCUGGUUUGUCCUGGAGGCCUCAUCCGCACGUCGCACUUGAAGCCCUUAGACAAAAUUCUAUCGGCCAUACCAGCAGCAACCGUUGCGGCAGAGGUUCAGUCACUCGUAUGGAGUCGGGUUGGAGCAUUCGCUUCGUUGGGAGGUAUAGUACAGGGCAAAGGCAUGAUACCGAAGACGAGGUCCGGCAAGACAUUACGGCGUGUGCUUCGGGAGUUGGUGGAGAAUGGGGUCUACGGGGACUUGGAUCGGAGUGUUGAGGUCCCAAGCACAGUCGAGGAUCCGACAGCUGUACAAGUCGCGAGAGCCAAGGUUCGAGAGUACUUUAACAGGAACAAGGGUAAGCACAAGGCGAUUGAGGCAAGGGAGACGGCAUGA